UGCGGCCAGAUCGGCUGAACAGGGCGCGUGGGGUCGGGGUUCUGAGCCCGGCCUGGGCCCCGGGAGGCGAACCGGCCUUGGAGACAGGGGCCUGCGGCUCCGUCGGCCCGAGCUAUCGCACGCGUCCUUGGGGCGGGGAUGAGUCCUCCCGGGCGGAUCCGAGCAGACGCAGAGAUGCAGAUCUUUGUGAAGACCCUGACAGGCAAGACCAUCACCCUCGAGGUUGAGCCCAGUGACACCAUUGAGAAUGUCAAAGCUAAAAUACAAGACAAGGAGGGCAUCCCACCUGACCAGCAGCGUCUGAUAUUUGCGGGCAAACAGCUGGAGGAUGGCCGCACACUCUCAGACUACAAUAUCCAGAAAGAGUCCACCCUCCACUUGGUGCUUCGCCUGCGGGGUGGCAUCAUCGAACCUUCCCUCCGCCAGCUUGCCCAGAAAUACAACUGCGACAAGAUGAUCUGCCGCAAGUGUUACGCUCGCCUGCACCCCCGCGCUGUCAACUGCCGCAAGAAGAAGUGCGGCCACACCAACAACCUGCGCCCCAAGAAGAAGGUCAAAUAAGGCCCCUCUGGCUCCCCCUUCACUGGAAGAGCGGCUUCCUGCCUGAGCCUGUGGCCCUGGGGCCUCAAUAAAGUUCCCUUUCAUUGACUGGA